ACAAAUCUUAGAUUUUUGUGUUUUUGUAGCAUUUACAGACGACGCAAAAGGGUAAAAACACCAGAAAUACGAGUUGUGUCAUUUAAUUUCGUUUUGGUGUUGUUACAGCACACCAACCAAACUUCAGAUAUAACUUUUUGUGUGUUAUUAAGGCGAUAUAGGCAAAAGUAGUAGUAAGAAGAGUUGUUUACCUACGGAAGCCCACUGCUUCCAGCAAACGAAUGUAACUUCCGUAUGUUUUCAUUAUCAUCUGACAAUAAAGGGUGAAGACUCCUGCAACAUGGACGGCUUUUAUGACCAGCAGGUCCCUUUUGCUGUCCCCGAGAGUCAAUGUCACGUAGAGGGAGCAGAGAGAUGUCUCAGCGAGCGGAAAAGGAAGUUCAUGGACACGGAGCUGGCUCAGGACACAGAAGAGCUCUUUCAGGAUCUAAUCCAGCUCCAGGAAAUCUGGAUCGCAGAAGCUCAGGUUCCUGAUGACGAGCAGUUUGUCCCAGAUUUCCAGUCCAAUAACUUGAUGUUUCAUGGACCGCCUGUCAGCAAAGUUAAGAGAGAGCCCAGUCCGUCUAAAGACCUGUCUCCCUGCAGGACGCCUCACGCUGACAUGUGCCUUUACAGUUACAGUGCCUGUGACAACAAGCCAGCUGGACUCAAACCUCUGGCUCCAGCCUCCACACCAGUACAGUGCGGCUCCACCCACCCUGCUGGACCUCCACCAGUACAGAGGCAGCUACAACCUUCAGCCUCCCACGUGACCAACACCUGCCACGUCGCCGCCCUGAGCCCCUCCCACCACCACAACCUCCAAAACCAAAGCCAGCAGUUCGCUCUGCCGCGUCCCCCCGUCAGCUGCCCCAGUGCGUCUUUCAGCACAGAACAGAGGUUCCAGCGGCAGCUCUCAGAGCCCUGCUUGUCUUAUCUCCCUCCGGACAAAACAGUCAACACGCCGUACCAACACUCGAGCCGGGAUGGGCGACCGAUGUACCAGCGCCACCUCUCAGAGCCCCUUGUUCCCCACGGCCCCCGAGGAUUCAAACAGGAGCUGGUGGAUCCGCGAUACCCAGAGCCGGGUCCAGGUCUGACCCAGCAUCAGACCGCCUUCAACCACGUGACGAUCAAACAAGAGCCGAGAGACUUUGGCUUUGACUCGGAUGUUCAAACCUGCCAGUCAUCGUUUGGGAAGUCAGUCCUGUACCAGAAUAACAGUGUUGCGUUUGGUCAUGACAGAGAUCCACAUUUGUAUUAUGACGACACCUGUGUUGUACCAGAAAGACUGGAAGCAGUCAAAGUGAAGCAGGAGGGUUUGCCGUACCAGCGCCGCGGCUCCCUGCAGCUCUGGCAGUUCCUGCUCACGCUGCUGGACAACCCGGCCAACGGACACCUGAUCGUCUGGACGGGACGUAACAUGGAGUUUAAACUCAUCGACCCCGAGGAGGUGGCUCGGCUCUGGGGGCUUCAGAAGAACCGACCGGCCAUGAACUACGACAAGCUGAGCCGCUCGCUGAGGUACUACUACGAGAAGGGCAUCAUGCAGAAGGUAAAGGUGGCCGGGGAAAGGUACGUCUACAAGUUUGUGUGCAACCCGGAGGCGCUUUUCUCCAUGGCUUUCCCAGACAACCAGAGGCCGAGUCUGAAGGCCGACCCAGACGCCAUCCUGCCCCCCAGCGAGGAGGAUGGCGUCCCCCUGCCCAGCUACGAGGAGGAGGGUCCGUACCUGGCCGACGGAGGGGAGCAGUGCGUGCAGGGACUGGCUUUCCCCGACAGCUACCCGUACUAGACUCCACAGCCUGGCAGGAAGGAAGCAGGAGGUAUUUUACAGGAGAAACCUGAAUUACUGAGCAGUGUUUGAGAUUUUCACCACCUAUACCCACAUAAUGUAUGUAUGUCACAGAAAAGAUAAAGCUAUCAGAGAUUUUUUUAUUGAAGUGUUUGGUUGAAAAAUCAUGAUUCAGCUUGUCACAAUCGGUUAGAGCCACUGUCGGCACAAAAAACAGAGAAAUUUAGAGUUUUCAAGAAAAAGUUGUAAAAUUCUGCAGAAAACAAAUUACAAGAAGAAGUUGUAAUAUUUCAUGGUAAAGUUGUAAUUUUACAAAAAACAAAACGUCGUGGUGGGAAGUCAAACAUUUUAAGAGAAUAUAUUAUAAUACCACUAGAAAAGGUCAUAACAUUUUGAGAUAAAGUCAUAAUCUUAUGAGAAAACAGAACAGUAGCAGUAAUAUUGAAUCUGACUGUUGCAACAAUAAGAUUGUAAUAUUUUGAAAAAGGAAAUUAUAAGAAACAGUUGUAAUAUUUCAAGUUGAAGCUGUUUUUUUUUUUUUUUUCACAAAAAGGCAUCAUCAUGAGGAGAAGUCAAUCAUUUUAAGAGAAAUUGAUAUAAAAUGAUAAAACAACUAGAAAAGGUCAUAAUAUUCUGAGAAAGUCAUAAUCUUACUGAAAACCAGACACAAUAGUAAUAUUGUAACCCACUUUAAUUUGAAACACAAGCUAACAGACUUUUACCUUUUUUCUUGUUAAUUUGCUAUUUUUCUUGAAAGAAAAUGUUAAAAUUGCAACUUAAUAUUUAAAAUAUGACAUCUUUAAAUUGAGUUUUUAAGCUCAUAACAUUAUGACAUUUUUCUCAAUGUUUUAGUUUUCUCGUCACAUUGACCCUACAGCCAUGUUGGUUGUAGUUUUGUAGCAUGGCCUUCGCUGUAGUCCUUGCGUAAGUGAACUCUGGGAUCUGUAUUUCAGCCAAAAAGCAUCUCAAAACCGCGGGCACUCCUUUACUAAUUUACUUUUAAUUGUUAUUUUUUUGGGGGUGAACCUUAUACUGCUUAAAAGGGACACACUUGUAUUUUCCAGAUGUUAUAGUCCUCCUAUAAACCUGUAUAUUGAAAUGCGUUUUGUGUACUUUUUCUUGUUUUCAAAGCUAAUAUUUUUGGCAUUAUAUGAACUUGUAAGUUUUUCCUAAACUGUUUUAUGACAAAGGUACUGCUACUAUUUUUGAUUCCGUAAUACCGCCACUAUGAUGCUAAUAAUGAUAGGCAUGGACUUUCUUACAAACGGCUUAUUGUACUGAGAUAGUUUUCUGCAUUUUGUAUAGUUGAUUUGCUUCAAUGUGUAGAAAAGGUGUAUAAUUAUAUAUGAAUAUAUUUUUGCAAAAGGCUGCGUUUGCUUGACGUUGUACUAUGAGCUGCAGAGUUUAGCCUGCUAAUGUACUGCAUCAGUUUCAGCCUCUCCAAGGUGGAGGACAAAAAUGGUGUAUUUUGCUCAAUAACGAUCACAUGGUGGUAUGAGCGGAGGCUGGAGAGAGAUACUGACACUGGUGUGGCGUCGACCCUCAGAUACUGUAUGUGUGCCUUCUGUUGAUCUUUACUGAUACAAUAAACUAUUUUACUCUU